GCCCCAGCGGCUAACCGCAUCAAGAUAUACGGAUUUGUUUUUGACUGGCAUUUGUCUUUCAGGUGUCGCAUAUGUGUGCCUUGCCUCUGAUAGCUGACUACUGUGCUUGGUAGCCACAUUGACUGCACGCACGACCACUCACAAUCCCGGACGAAUUAUAACGGUCAUCACGGUCUGCGACUACUGUGGGCCCACCGACUACAAGCCCUGAUCACAAUAAAUCUUGUAGAACUCUGCCCUGGUAGUUUUUUCCUGUUGGCCGGAUCAGUUAUAAUUCUUCCACCUGUUGUGAGGUGGUGGUGUUGCCCAUCAGUAGAGUGGUGACACAGUAGAUUGAUGUUCACGGCCAGUAGAGAUGAUCCUCACAUUUGAUCCUAACCUGAGGGCUGUCUAGCCUGACAUCGUGUCACUCAUUCUUCAUUAUCUGGAGACCUAUUUGUAGUUGGAAAGGCAGUUGUCUACUAACGAUUCAGGUGCAGUGGAGUGUAGACCUCAGCUAACUCCCAGUCCCCCUGAACUAUACGAUUAUGGACGGGGAAGAGAACCAGGAACAGACAUCUGCAAGUAGACGACAGGUGCGCCUAACUGAGGCAGGAAGAGAACACCAGAAGGAGAUGAAGACGAAGGUGUUCAAGAGGCAGCUCAAGGAGCUGAAAAGGCACACUGAGAAGAUGGUGGAGGACGAUGGCACUAUCGCCCCAGACUUGGGAAAACCAGAACUGAAGGAGUGGACCCAUUGCUAUGUGAAUCUUCUUCAGACUCUGUCAGACCUGAGAAUCCUGCUGCCAUCAGACGAGGUCGCCCUCCUUCAGAGAGACAUUGAACAGUUUCAAGCACUCAACUUGCAGAUGCAAGAAGCCCUGGAGAAACUGAGGAGCACAGAAGCCCGAGCUCCGUCGGUGACCGGUCGCAGUGGGAACUCUCGGACAUCGACAUCGGUUGCUUCUGUUCGAGCCUCCUUGAAGAUCCUGCAAAUGCAAGACGAACAUCAGAAAGCAGCCCUGCGAGCGAGACAAGCGGCUGUGCUGAGAAGACGAGAAAUCGAACAAGAGAAACAGGCCAUCAAGUGGAAAGAGGAGGAUCUUGAACUGGAAGUGGAGCUCAGCACUGUGGAAGAGCAGAGUAAGGCACUGCACAAAUUUGAGAUGGAGUUGGAAGACGGAAAGACCUACAGACUACCUGCGGAGAAUGACGUGACAGCUCCAGCGGAGUCAAUCCAAGUAGGACCUGUUCGAAGUGCAGGUGCUCCCGUGACAACCAGCGAAGUUCGCGGCGAUAUAUCUUCCUCUCAGCGCGCCAGCGUUUCGCUCAGCGUGGCAGAUGCCGGAGCAGCGCCUCUGUCAUCUGCGCAGGGCGGCAGCGCUCACAUUAGCGUAGCUGACGGGCCUGAAUCGACUACACUUCAUCAUGGGCUGAACCCUGGCGCACGUAUCUUCAGGCCCAGCGCGAUGAUAGAGCCAGAGGAGCAGCUAAAUGUAGAACGUAGCUCCGGGACGCUAGCUGCGGGACCCACUAACUUAUCAGAUCUGUUCGCAGAGCAGCGAAGAGGCCAGCUUCCAGCGCUGGAACCAGAGGUCUUCCAGGGAAGCGUCGAGAGGUUUCAUCCCUGGGUGAAGGCCUUCGAGAGCUUCAUCGAGAGCAGAACGUCAUCGGCGACAGAACGACUGCACUACCUCUCCAGGUACACCGGAGGAGAAGCGAGAACAGUGAUUGAAGGAUUUCUUCUCCUUAGGUCAGCAGACGCGUACAAUCAAGCGAAGAAGAAGCUGUACGACCGCUACGGAAAUGACUUCAUCGUCUCACGCACGUACCGCAAGAAGCUGAAGGAGUGGCCACCGGUGCGCGCUGGUGAUGGGAGCGGUCUAAGACGAUUGGCGGACUACCUGGAUAGCUGCCUCGCGGUCUCACAUCACGUAUCGGGUCUCGAAUCUCUUAACGACUGCAACCAGAACAACGAGAUCCUGCGGAAACUGCCUAAACACAUCGUGGACAAGUGGAGGCGUGUCGUCGACAAGAGACUGUUCGAGCCUGACGCGGGGACUCAACCGGGCUACCCGCCGUUCGAAGAGUUUGUGAGUUUCCUGAACAGGGAGGCUAGGAUCGCCUGUGGACCGGUCGACGGCACACCAGAUGUAUUUUCGACUUCGGGUCGAGACACACCAGCCAGAGGUCGUGUCAGCCGCAAGGAAAGCGCUCACACCUUCAUUUCUUUGGCAGCAUCAGAUGAACCGGCUGACGCCCCGAAGCACCGAACUCCACCGUCAGCGAAGCCACGGCCUCCUUGGCCAUGCAAGAUCUGUGGACAGCAGCACUCUAUCGAGACAUGCAAGGACUUCAAGGCCAUGACAUCAGAAGAGAGGCACGAGGCGGUCAAGCGACAUGGACUCUGUAGAGGCUGUCUCCGCCACGGUCACAUUUGGAAGGAAUGCCGAAGCAGGAGAAGAUGUGAGAAGUGUGGUUACUCUCACCCAACGCUGUUGCACAGCGACUCAAGAGAGAAGAACACGGCGUCGACUCCGGUGAAGAGGCCAGCAGGCUCAAGCGACGGCACUCCGGAAACUCGUGCAACCACAUUCAAGGUGGCGGUUGAGGGCGAUUGUCAGAAAUCAGCCUGUCUUCACACCAUGAUUGUUCCCGUCAUUCUUCGAAGCGAGGACGACCCUAAUCGACAGGCAAUCGUCUACGCAGUUCUUGACCCGCAGUCAGAUGCGUGUUUCAUGACCGAAACAACGCUGCAGAAAGUUGGAGGCAGAGGAGAGAAGAUUGCGCUUCAACUCAGCACCAUGGCUGGAAAGGCAACGGUGGACAGCCUCAGAGUGACGGGACUUUCGGUCCAAGGGCUCACGACCACCGACCGCAUCAACCUUCCAGCCACCUACACACGGGUCGAGAUACCAGCGGAGAGACACCUCAUCCCUCGAACAACCACGCUGCAAAAGUGGAAGCAUCUCGAGCAUCUGAUGGAAGAUCUUCCUCCUCACCUACCGGACGCAGACAUCGGACUACUUAUCGGUAUGAACUGCCCCCGCGCAGUGAAGCCGAGAGAGAUUGUUCCAGGAAGCGGCGAAGACCCAUGGGCAAUCAGAACAGAACUGGGAUGGAGCGUUGUGGGAUUCGUUGAGGGAUCCACAUCUGCUCCAACAUGCCACUGCGUACAGGCGGCAGAGUCGAAGACGUGUCACUUCGUACUCAAAACUCAGGCACGAGAAGUAAGUCCACUGGAAGUCGCACGCAUGUUCGAGGCCGACUUUCGUGACGAACACACGGAGAAGAAGGUAUCACAAGAAGACCGACGAUUCUUGAGGAUAAUGGAGGAGAACUUCCAUCAGAGAGCCGACAAACACUUCGAAGGACCACUUCCUCUGAAGGACCAGAAUGUGAAGUUCCCAGACAACAAGAAGCUGGCAUUGAAGCGGCUUUUCUGCCUGAAAAGAAGACUCGCUAACGACAAGAAGUUCAGCGAUGACUACAACAAGUUCAUGGCCGACUCGUUCAACAAGGGAUAUGCGGAGCGGGUGCCAGAAGACGAACUGGGAAACGACGAUGGAAGGGUCUGGUUCGUCCCUCACCACGGUGUCUACCACGCAAAGAAAGGGAAAAUCAGAGUCGUCUACGACUGCAGCGCUGAAUACCAAGGAUUCUCGCUGAAUAACAGCCUUCUCCAAGGACCAGACUUCAUCAACAAUCUGCUGGGCGUAAUCAUCCGCUUCAGAAAAGAUGAAGUGGCGAUCAGCUGCGACAUCCAGGAGAUGUUUAAUCAGGUGCUCGUGACUGAGCAGCACAGGGAUCUGCUCAGAUUCCUGUGGUGGGAAAACGGCGACUUAUCCGGAGAGCCCGUCCAGUAUCGGAUGAAGACUCAUCUCUUCGGCGCGGUCUCCUCCCCCGCAUGCGCGAUGUACGCCCUGAACGCUACGGCAGACACGUACGAGCAGAAGUACGGGAAAGAAGCGGCAGAUUUUGUCAGACACAACUUCUACGUGGACGAUGGGCUCAUCAGCGUUCCGGAUGCCGACACUGCUGCGCGUCUAGCCAUGGACACGAUCCACCUGUGCGCAGAUGGAGGAUUCAAACUCAACAAGUUUGUUUCCAACGACCCCUCUGUCGUCGCUAGCCUUCCCCCUGACAGUGUCUCUAAGGGAAUGACAUCAGUAGACGUCAGUCUGCACCACCCUACUUACGAGCAAGCACUCGGACUGAAGUGGAACACCGAAACAGACACACUGCACAUCAACGUGGACCUUGCAGACAAGCCCAUUACAAGACGGGGCAUUCUGUCGACGGUGAGUUCACUGUACGAUCCAGUCGGUCUGAUAUCUCCGGUAAUCCUGAAAGGCAAGCAGUUCGUGAAGCUCCUCUGCUGUGACGGCUAUGACUGGGACGAACCUGUGGCAGAAGACGUCGCCGUGCGCUGGCUGCAGUGGAGGGAAAGUAUAUGCUUGCUUUCCGACAUCUCUGUCCCCAGACGCUACGUCUCCAACAAGGGCAAGAUCAAGAUUUACGAGUUGCAUCACUUCUCCGAUGCAAGUACAUCUGGCUACGGUCAGGUUACCUACCUGCGAACCAUCGAUGAGCUUGGACACAUCUGUUCGGGUCUCGUGAUCAGCAAGGCGAAGGUGACGCCCAAGCGGGCAGUCACGAUCCCGCGGCUCGAGCUGACCGCGGCGGUCCUCUCCGUGAAGGUCGCGAGCUUCUUGGACAAGAAGCUCAACAUCCGGAACCUGCGCCACUUCUUCUGGACCGACAGCAUGGUCGUGCUCGGUUAUAUCGGCAAUGAAAGCAGAAGGUUUCAAGUUUUCGUUGCUAACCGAGUUCAACAGAUACGGGAACACACUGUCCCGGACCAAUGGAGAUUCGUGAAAUCUGAGGACAAUCCAGCAGAUCUGGCCUCCCGUGGCCUCGAUGCAAGUGAGCUCAAGAACUGUGACCUCUGGUGGCACGGACCCAAGUUCUUGAUGGAUUCGGCAGAGCUCUCAGCAGAACCACGGUUCGUCGAGGUACAAGAAGACGAUCCAGAGGUGAAGAAAACAAGAGUGUUGGUCACCAGCAGCCGACAAGACGACGCCAAGUUUGAUCUGUCAAGCCGACUUGUUCCCUUUUCAAGCUGGUUCCGCGCCAAGAAGGCAGUAGCGAUCUGCCUACGAUACAGACGACGACUCCUGAACCGAAUCAGGCAAAAGCGGACCUGCAGCACAACCACUGAAGGUAUGGAGGAGAGCAAAUCGCUGACAGACAUGCCCAUUGACACAGAUGAGCUGAACGACGCAGAAGUGACCAUUCUGAAGAACGUUCAGGAAGAUGAAUUCGAAGAGGAGUUGGUGAACCUGGCAACUCAAGAGGAUCCGACGACAGAUCGGAAACAAGUCAAGAAGCGGAGCAGCGUGCGCCGUCUGGACCCGUUUCUUGCCAGAGAUGGACUCUUGCGAGUAGGCGGACGGCUGAGGAGAAGCGAUCUGCCCCUGGAGACGGCACACCCUGUGAUACUGCCAAAGGAUCACCACGUCAGCCGCCUCAUCAUCGCGCACUUCCAUGAAAAGACCAAGCACUCAGGCCGAACGAUGACGCUGAGCGAGAUUCGGCUGUCCGGAUUUUGGAUUCUUCACGGAAGAACGGCGGUAUCUCGGUACAUACAGAAGUGCGUCAAAUGCAUCAAGCUCAGAGGAACACCGUGCGGCCAGAAGAUGGCAGACCUGCCGGAGGAGAGAGUGGGACAGAUGGAACCGUUCACCUAUUCCGGAUGUGACUGUUUCGGACCCUUCAUCAUCAAAGAGCGUCGCAGCGAGCUGAAGAGAUGGGGCAUCGUGUUUACGUGCAUGAGCUCGAGAGCCGUUCACCUCGAGACUCUGAACUCGCUGACUGCAGACGCUUUCAUCAACGCCUACCGACGUUUUGUUAGUCGGAGGGGACCAGUCAGAAAGCUCUUCUGCGACAACGCCACGAAUUUCAUCGGUGGCGAGGGAUAUCUCAUGGCAGCACUCAACGAGAUGGACCGAGAUCAGGUCAGGAGGACCAUCCUGAAGGACAACUGCGACCUCGUGGAAUUCGACCACAUCACCCCACGGGCUAGUCACAUGGGCGGCGCCUGGGAGCGCCAGAUACGGUCUGUUCGCGCCGCUCUCAACAGCCUGUUCCAAGAUGUGGGACUCCAGAUCGACGACGAACUUCUUCGAACGGUCAUGACAGAAGCCGAAGCCGUAGUUAACAGCCGCCCCCUGUCCUAUGCAUGCAUGACUGACUCAGAUGUAGUAGAGCCUAUCACCCCUAGUCAACUACUCACCUUGAAACAGAAGGUAGUUCUCCCUCUGCCGGGGAACUUCGACCGCCCGGACCUGUACGUCAGACAACGCUGGAGGAGGGUCCAGUAUCUCUCCAACCAGUUCUGGCUCCGCUGGAGGCGGGAGUUUCUGCCAACUCUCCAAGAGCGUCGCAAGUGGAACCGGACGGAGCUGAAUCUCGAGCCAGGCGACGUCGUGAUCAUCGUCGACGCUGACGCCCCGCGAUGCAGCUGGCCUCUGGGCCGCGUGGUUUCCACGUACCCGAGCAGUGAUGGACUGGUACGAAGUGUCCGAGUGCGUAUCGGCCGUGCUGAAUAUGACAGACCGAUACACAAAGUCAUCCGCAUGCUGAAGUCGUAGGGUGAUUCCCAGUCGAGGAGCCUUGUUUAUUUUCCUUGCGUUCGUGUGCGCUGCGCAAGUUCCGGUGACAAAGUGUCAUCGACACUAUUGUGAUAAUGUGUCACAGUGACGCCGUGAUCGAUUUGUGACAGCGUGUUGUUGCUGCGAAAUGUGAAUCACGCGUGCCAUUGUAUAACAGACUGCGUUUUGUAUAUAGCAGACAACGUCUCUGCUAUUCACGUUCUGUGUGGAAAAGUGAUGGAAAAUUAGGUAUAAGUACCGUAAUUUUGGGGAGCCAUGUUCCCGCCCCAGCGGCUAACCGCAUCAAGAUAUACGGAUUUGUUUUUGACUGGCAUUUGUCUUUCAGGUGUCGCAUAUGUGUGCCUUGCCUCUGAUAGCUGACUACUGUGCUUGGUAGCCACAUUGACUGCACGCACGACCACUCACAAUCCCGGACGAAGUGAGUCUCACUUAUAUCUCUUCGAUAGGCACUACUGGCACUGGCUAGACAGCGCGAUACUGUGUGAUUGGAUUAUUUAAUCAGCCAGUCUGGUAUAUUUAAACGAGCGGUGCUUAGAGUUUGAGUUCAGUUUCUUAGUAACCAACAUGAUCUGUUCGCUCGUUCAUGUGCUACCCCCUACUGCGGCGAUUGGUUAUGUGCCGGAUGUAUUACACCUUUCGUCCGUUGUCCCCACAGUUAUAACGGUCAUCACGGUCUGCGACUACUGUGGGCCCACCGACUACAAGCCCUGAUCACAAUAAAUCUUGUAGAACUCUG